AUGGAAAACAGUCGUGCUAAGUACAAAGGUGACAUGGAGUUUGGGCGGUAUCACGGUAAUGGUGUGCUGCAGCUUCCUGACGACUGUCGGUACGAAGGUGAGUUUCAAGACGGCGAAUUUCAUGGUCACGGGAUACUUUUCUUUCCAGAAGGAGAGCUAGAAGGUGAAUGGGCUUAUGGCAAGCAAGUUGAAGGCACCUUUACGUUUUCAGACGGGCUAGAGUAUGCAUCAACAGACUGGACAUAUUGCACGAAUUCAAACCGACAGUACUAUUCCGAAUCAGUAUCGCCUCGUGGCAUUCUACCAACAGGCGAACUCCAGUAUUUUGAUACUGGAGUUAAUCGCGUUGUACCACUUGGAUCAUUUGAUGCUGGAAACGGUAUUUACUCACCUUCAACGGGUUUAAUUUCGGCUUACGACGACUCGUCAGAUACUCGCAAGCCAAGCGAACAGGAAAAACAGUGGAUUUUAAUUCGUGCUCCUAAGUCAACUACUACGACGAUGGAUACGACCGUCAAUUGA